AUGUUGGACAGAUUCACUAACAGAGAUAAAGUGGAUCUACAAGAAGUUCUUCGUCCUUGUCACUCGAAUUCGAGAUCUCUGGUUAAUAGUAAAGGAAUUUUAUAUCUCUUCACACCUCUAUUCGAAUUGGAAAUUGAUGAAGUUAAGCGUGAUUUUGAGGAAGUUGGGCUGAUUUUGGGGAAAUUAAGAGAUGUGGGUGGAGAGUUUGAGGAAUAUGCUAAAGAGGAAUGGAUAGUUUUUGCUCCUUUAAUCUCAGAGCUCGCACUACUUACUAUCUUGCUUAUAACUGUUGGGGUUCUAUAUCGAAUGAGGACAAAGGUGCUAGAUGAACCAGAAAUCAAUCAGCCGGUAAAUUCUCAAGGAGCUUUGCUGCAGGGCACUAAUGUCAUUGUAUAUGAUUUCAGUGAUCUAGCUGAAACCACUAACAAUUUCUUGCUAGCUAAUAAGAUAGGGCAUGGUGGCUUUGGCAAUGUUUAUAAGGGUGUACUAGAGAAUGGAGUAGUAAUAGCAGUGAAGAAUCAAGACGUGACUUCACGCCAAGGAUUUACUGAGUUCGAAAAUGAAUUCAAGUUAAUAGCAAAGCUACAACAUCGUAACCUAACCAAGUUGUUGGGAUACUGCAUUAAUGGAGCUGAAAAAUUCCUAGUCUAUGAGUUCAUGGCGGAUAAUAACCUAGACAAGGUCAUAUUUGGUAUGACAUCUUAA